AUGGCUAACGUUAAUAACGAGACCACCGAAUGUGGUGCAUUGCUUUCGAAUAUCACUUCCCUACAGACGACGCUAACGUCUAUGGGAUGCCAAGUGCCCGCCUUGCAUCAUCACACGCAUGACCACGGCCACCAUCACCAUCAUCAUCAUCAUGACGAUCACACCCACGGAGCGGACGACCACGAAGGUCACGGGCACAGUCACGGCGGGUGCGAAAGUGGUCAUGGCACGUAUUCCAUUGGACUGCAUGUUGUGGCGAUCUUUGUUGUGUUGAUUGCGUCGUUUCUGGGCACGCUGAUACCGAUAAUCGGAAAGUACGUGCCGGCACUGCGGCUUCCUCCGUUUGUGUUUGUCCUUGGCAAGUGCAUUGCAGCUGGAGUGCUACUGUCAGUGUCGACUAUCCACAUGAUUAAUGAAGCUGUAGCGCAGCUACAGGAAGAUUGUGUUCCGGAGUCGUUUCGCGAAUCAUAUGAGGCAUAUGCAUUUCUGUUUGCUGUGGCUGGAGCGUUGCUGUUGCACAUGGUGGACGUCAUUGUUGACGCACGUGUGACAAACAAGAGCGAUUCCAGCACCAACAAACCUGAGGGUCAACCCGAUGCCGAAGAAGCUCAAGCGGCCCCGGCUGCUCUUGAUGCGUACGAUGGUCAUCACUGCCACUACGCUGUCGGCAUGCCACAGUCGAGGACCAGACGCCUCGUCUCUGCAAUGUUUAUGGAGUUUGCGGUAACUGUGCACAGUGUGUUCAUUGGGCUGGCAGUCGGUAUCGCAAGGGAUGCGGAGACUAAAACUUUACUUGUGGCUCUGGCAUUUCAUCAGAUGUUGGAGGGCCUUGCUCUGGGCGCGCGUCUGGUGGAUGCAGAGUUGAGCUUGAAGCUUGAAAUGCUGUUUGCACUACUCUUCUCUGUCUCUGCGCCCCUGGGCACCGCAAUUGCCGUUGGCACGAUUGCGAUUUGGAAUGUGUCGAUGGUAGGAACCGCGUUCGUGAUUACACAGGCGGUCGCCAGUGCUGUGUGUGGUGGGAUGCUGCUGUACCUUGCUUUCUGCCUCAUGUUGAGUGACUUCCCAUCGGAUAUGCAGAAACAUGCUGGGAAGGAUAAGGUAAGGCGUUUCUUCAGAUGCUUUGGGAUGUUUGCGGCUCUUUGGCUUGGCGCUGCGUUGAUGGCCGUGUUAGGAAAAUGGGUCUAA